CUGGACUCAUUCCUUCACUUCUCAGAAGGUGCGAGUGGUUAUAGCGGAGAAGAAUGUGAAAUGUGAAGAGUAUGAUGUCAGUCUACCGCUGAGUGAGCACAAUGAGCCCUGGUUUAUGCGUCUUAACCCAACGGGAGAAGUCCCAGUCCUUGUUCAUGGAGAAAGUAUUAUCUGUGAAGCUACACAAAUUAUUGAUUAUCUGGAACAGACAUUUACUGAUGAUAAAACAGCAGGGCUAGUUCCUGAAGAGGGAAGCGUGUACUACCUGAGGGUACAGCACUACAGAGAACUACUGGACUCCUUGCCCAUGGAUGCCUAUACUCAUGGCUGUAUCCUACACCCAGAGCUAACAGCAGAAUCCAUGAUUCCAGCAUAUGCCACAUCCAGGAUUCGCACUCAGAUUGGUAGCACUGAAUCCGAACUCAAGAAACUUGCUCAAGAAAAUCCAGAUCUUGAAGAUGCUUACGUUGCAAAACAGAAACGCCUAAAAAACAAAUUGAUGGAACAUGAUAAUAUAAAAUAUCUGACAAAAAUCCUGGAUGAGCUGGAAAAAGUCCUAGAUCAAGUUGAAGUGGAGUUACAGAGACGGAGUGAAGAAACUCCAGAGGAAGGAACAAGUAAUAAGUCCUGGCUGUGUGGACAGUUCUUCAGCCUGGCAGACGUAUCGUUAGCAGUUACUCUCCACCGGCUGAAGUUCCUCGGAUUUGCUCGAAGAAACUGGGGGAAUGGCAAGCGUCCUCAUCUGGAGACAUACUAUGAACAGAUCCUGCAGAGAAAGACUUUCAAUCAAGUCCUGGGAAACGUCAACAAUAUUCUAAUAUCUGCUGUAUUGCCAACUGCGUUUCGUGUGGCAAGAAAACGAGCCCCCUCUAUUCUUGGUUCAACCCUGAUAAUGGGGUUACUGGCCGGGGCAGGGUACAUCUUCUUCAUAUGCAUUAGAAAAAGACUGUUUAACGUCUUCUCCUCAGUUAGGGCAAAACACUUUUUUUAGCUCUUUUAAAGAUUGUGGAUAAGGAUAUUAGUUUGAUGUCAUCACCACUGCUAAUGAACAUACAAGAAUAGGGCACAAAAUGGGAAGCGGUCUUAGUCAGUGUACAUUUAGAAUUGCCCGGCCACACACAUAUCUCAAGUAUACAACUGUGUUUAA